CGCAUAGAUCAAUUGGAAGAAAACGCCAUCAAAAAAAAAAAAAAAAAAAAGAAUCUCUCCCUCUAUCAAUAUCAGUCCCUCCAUAGCCCAAUCUGUUGAGCUUUCAUCUAUGCUCUCUCCUACCAUUUCGAUAUUUUAAUAUUAUUUAUAUAGAUACACAGAGAGACCCGCGUGUGUGUUGUAGGGUUAUUCGGCUGAGUGAAGAUGAGCGGUGGGGGGAAUAGGGUUCAAAUUCCAAACAGUGUGAGGAAGACGAUCCAGCACAUAAAGGAGAUCACGGGUAAUCACAGUGAGGAGGAGAUUUAUGCAAUGCUCAAGGAAUCUUCCAUGGAUCCCAAUGAGACCGCUCAAAGACUUCUCUUACAGGAUCCAUUUCAUGAGGUCAAAAGGAAACGUGACAAGAGGAAGGAGAAUCUGAACAACCGAGAAUCAGCAGAGUCUCGAUGGAGAGCUACUUCUCAAGGACGGGGGAGUAGGGGUGGUCGGGCGAAUUUUUCACCUCGUCACGCUUCAAAUGAUGCUGGUGGUGGCAGGAAUUCAGGUGCAGAAAAGAGUGUUGGUCCUUCUUUGGCAGUUUCACCGGAGACAGAAAGUAAAGAAGCGACUCUGUCAGCAAGCUCUGCUGCUAUUGUCGCCAAUGGUCCUACUGUUGUAGCUUCUGGAAGCACCGGUGUCGUAGACAAACCUGGAAAGAUUUUAUCCACAACUGGCAUUAAUAAGUCGGAGAGUGCACUGUCACCUGUUGAUGCAAAUAAAAGUCCCAGCAUUGCAUUUGGUACUGGGGAUAUGGGUGGGGAGCCUGUGGCAAAUUCGAGUAACUCCUCCUUGUCGAUGACUUCAUCAUCUUCAUCAGCGGCUUGCUUCUCAUCUUCGGAUCCUGUUCUGGUUCCAACUACUGAUUCACGGCUCCCAGGUGCUGUUGGUGCAGUCAAAUGGGAAGUGGGGAACAAUCGAAUUUCCAGUGAACAAAAUUCAGUUGUCCCUGCUGAAACUAAAUUAUCUUUUACGCAAGGGAAAAUGCCAAGCAGCAGAUCCCAGGGAGUUGAGAAGACUCCAAUGCUUGAUUCUUCUCAACCUUCAUCUUCCUCGACCCAUGGUAGCUCUUCUGGCAGUCGCCCUUCCUCUAAUUACAGUAAUCGGUCCCAAGCAAUAUUCGGUCCUCAAAAAGUUGGAUCUAAUAAGGAGUGGAAACCAAAGCCGACUGCCCCUGGUGUGGCUCAAGGGUCUGGAACAGGUGUUUCCUCUGACGUUGCUAGUAUUUCCAUUGAAGCCAGUGCUCAGUCACUUGCUGUAAAUGUCCUUGAUUCUGAAGAGACAACUUCGGAACUGCAGAAAAAGCUAGAGGAGUUACAUAUUCCACAGCGUCGACAUGUGAUAAUUCCAAACCACAUUCAUGUCCCCGAAUCUGAAAGAACAAAGUUAAGUUUUGGAAGUUUUGAUGCUAGCUUUGGUAUCACUUUGAGCGUUGUAAGUGCUCAGCAGAGCGAGAAAAGUUCAACGCCUCUAUCUGAAAUUUCUCACAGUCUUGAGGAACCUUUGGAGGAACAGGCUGCAAGCAGUCCAAAUGCAUUGGAUACUGCAGAGGUUGAGGGAGUAUAUCCCGAACAUCUACAGUCACCUUCAAAUAUACAUGAUAAUUUUUCUGGCGAGGGAGAUGUCUCUUCCAGUGUGGUUCGAGAGUUUGACGAAUCCAAGCAGGAGACUGGGUUGUCUGGAGGCCAUCAAUACUCUUUGGUUCAUACUUCUCCUAACUACAAUUAUGGCUUUAUGCCUCCAAUUAUAGGUAGUCAGGCUUCAACAUUUGAAAACUCAGAGUCUCAAGCACGUGAUGUUUCUCGCUUCCCGAGCUUUGUAGUUCAGCAGCCAUUUGAUCCGACAAGUUACUAUGCCCAAUUUUAUCGUUCAGGUGCUGAUAGUGAUGGUCGCGUUUCUCCUUUCACCACACCGGGAGUGCCACCACAAAAUUCUCAGUCGCCUCAAGAGGGUGGAAACUUAGUUUUGUCUGCCGCAGGUCCAACUCCGCUGGUGACCCAAGCUGCCGGUCUUAUGCAAAGUUCUUUAGCUGUGACUCAGCAACCAGUCACUGUCUUCCGCCCACCAGCUGGGUUGCAUAUAUCCCCUUAUCCUCCAAGUUACUUUCCAUAUGGCCACUACUUCUCCCCGUACUAUGUUCCACCCCCAGGGAUCCACCCAUUCCUGAGCAAUGGUGGAUUUCCUCAGCAACCCCAAGCUGGCGGUGUAUAUCCAGCUCCAUCAGCAGCUCCCUCUGGGGUCAAAUAUCCUCUCCCACAAUACAAGUCUGCAAUGAACAGUGGAAACUCAACCCAGAUUGGUGUGCCAAGUGGUUAUGGACCAUACAGCUCCUCUCCAGCUGGUUAUAAUCCCAGUGCUGCUACAACAGCUGGGAACUCUGCUUCUAACGAGGAUCUCGCAACGUCUCAGUUCAAGGAGAAUAAUAUCUACAUCACUGGACAGCAGAGUGAAGGUUCUGCCGUGUGGAUUGCUGGUCCUGGUCGAGACAUACCUAGCUUGCCGACAACUUCCUUUUACAACCUUCCUACUCAAGGUCAGCACAUGACUUUUGCCCCAUCACAGGCUGGUCACGGCACAUUUGCCAGUAUUUAUCACCCUGCACAAGCAGUAACAGCGGCAGGUGUUCACCCACUCCUACAGCAGUCCCAGACCAUGGCCGGAGCUGUUGAUAUGGUGGGACCCGCUGCCGGCGUUUAUCAGCAGCCUCAACAUGCACAGAUUAAUUGGCCAAGUAACUACUGAUAGAGGGUUGGACUUUAUUUUUAUUUUUUUUGUGAAUCAAGAAUAUAAGUUCAACUCCAACCUUGGGUUAGUUUUGGGAACUUGAACAAGUUUGAAAGGAGGAAAAGAUCAAGAAGGGAUAGCAUUGCCCUGAUUUGAGUGUAAAUUUAGGAAAGGAGGCGCGGAGAAUUUGCUAUUGGUAUCUUCUAAUUGUGCUUGAGUUUAGAGCAUAAAAUGUGCAAUUCUCCUGUAACUGAAAUAGACCAUUUUAAGUUAGUUGGGUUAGCAAUUUGCAGGUCUCUCUUUCUUGCUGCUGCCAUAUGGUUUUACCAUCUCUCUCUUUCAUAGUUUGACGACGCCUUCUCCCUUUGGUCCUUUCAUAUAAUUUACUGAGUGGGAGGAUCUUUUUCAUUCCUUUUCAUUUUUAUUUUUGAAGUUUUAUAGGCCUCCGGAAGGUAAGAUUAUAGGUUGAUGGAGAAAUUUCCCAGUUCCUUAUUUCUUAUCUUUCUCUAGUCUUACCUGUAAAGUGAAUUUUGAUAGCAAGAAAAGGUUGUACUGAACUGUUGUAAUUGGUAUGAGCAAAAUCUAACUUUGCAAUUGAUUCAUUUA